GGAAGGUCAGCGCUGAAAAGGAGAGAUCGCCGUCUCUAACGGCUCCCCGAGGGAUCACCAGCGCCACCAACCUUUUGUUAUGUAACGGAGGAACGUUUACAAAACAUCGCGACGCAAUGCAUUCAUUCCGGUUUUGGAAUUGUUCUAUAAAACCUGAAGCAAAUCUUGAGUAAGGUCGAAAGAAUUCAUUUGAUGAUUUAUUAAAGUUUUGUCACCGGAAGUAAAGACAUGACUAACAGUAGAUGGCAACAUUCUGUAGUCGAAGACAUUCUCCAAAGAAAAAUUGCUGUUGCGAAGUCAAAAUGGGCUUUACCAUGGGCUUUGAUCAAUUUCACCAUUGCAACUCUGUUCUGUCUUGAUAUUAAUCAUGGUUCUAUUUCACGGUGCUUGCCAGGAAACCCACCAGUUCUAUGGUAUAUUGAAGUUAUUAUUGCAUGUAUUUUUACAUUAAAUGGUCUUUACAAUGCUUACUUGUAUGUUUGGCCAACUAUUGGACAGAGUCCUCUUGAACUGACUCCAGUUUACAGAAAAUUAUUUAAGAUUAAAGACAAUGAUAUUGGUUUCAAGUAUGCGUCAACAGAAUUUAAUCGUACCUCAAGUCCAAAAUCUAAAGUUUCAGCUGUCACGCCAAAUUUUGUUUUACCAUCAGCUAAUUAUGUAUCUGAUUUGUCAAAUUCAUCUUCAUUUUCUUCACUUAAUUCUUCAUUGGAUCAUUUAGGAUAUAGUUGGACAAAUUCUAGGUAAAGUUUUAAAUUAUUUUAUUUGUUAAAUUAUAAAAAUUAAAUUGUGAACAGUAUUAAAAAGUAUAUUAAAACUAGUUAAAAACUCUAUAAAGUUAAGAACUAAAAAAUGGUUCUUUAAUGGAAACAUAACAUUACAGAAAUAUAAAAAUACACAAGAAAAGAGUGUUUGAGCACUUCCAAGUCAUUUGACUCAUCAUCAGAAAUUCUGAUGCAAUGUUUUAAAUAAAACUCCAUUAGCAUGGAUG